AUGAAGCCAGCCCAACGCCCACUCACGCUCGCGCAACAGAUCCAGCCGCCGCCCGCGACCGGCCAAGGCUCUGUAGAAAACGGCACCGUUCGCGUCCGCCAGCACGUCAACCCUCUAGCGCGCCGCUGGUCGCAACCGCUCCAACUCCCGCACGAGUGGUACAGCCAGGCCUUUCAGGACCCCUCGCUCCCGCUCGUCGUCGACGUAGGCGUCGCCAAAGGCCGCUUUCUGGCCAAGUUGGCUGCCUCUGAUGCGAGCCGCAAUUUUCUGGGACUGGAGAUUCGCGAGCCGCUUGUGCAUCAGGCGAAUCGAGCAGCGGCGAGCGCUGGUCGUGGCAAUCUUUUCUAUCUUGCGUGUAAUGCCAACGUUUCCCUGGCGGCUGUCUUGGCGGACGCUCCCAUAGGUGCUUUGCGUGAGGUGUAUGUACAGUUUUGCGACCCCUGGUUUAAGAAGAGACAUGCUAAGAGACGGAUUGUCAAUCCUCCGCUCGUUGAGGAAAUCUUCAAGGCUCUGAAGCACGCUGCAGCUGGUGGUGAAUCGUACAAGAGAAAGGUAUUUAUCCAAAGCGAUGUGAUAGAGGUUGCUAUCGAGAUGAGGUCAUUUUUCGAUGGCCACGGUGGGUUUCAAAGACUGGGAGACAGUAACGGGCUUGAAUGCGAUAUGGAGGGCUGGUUAGUAGAAAACCCAAUAGGCGUCCCGACUGAACGAGAGAUUGCUGUCUUCAAUAAGGGGGGUAGCGUCUACCGGGCCUUGUACACUCUAAAGGAACAUGGCAAAGAAUCUGCGCAUUGUGAAUGAAAGCGGGUCACUAACUUAACUUAUAAACGCUCCGUGGACAAAAGGGGAUCUCGCAUCGACUUGAUGGAGAAAGGUUAAGGCGCUAGAUGCAUAAGCAGGUUGAAAAGCGCGUUUAAAUCUGCUUGCACGACUGGCGCUGCCUGUGUAAAAUGCAGUUAAGUUUGCGUUUCAGAGCAUUCAGCGCUGUAUAAAGACACGUUGAAGGAGCCUUCAAGCUAAGUGAUCUAGUCCGCGGUUGACGAUGCCAAAGGUUUUGAAAAUGCUGAAACCACGUCAAGGACUACGUCCGUUUAAUUCGCUGUCUUCUUCGUUUCAUUCACUCAGCAAGAGGCGGAAGGAUUCAAUCAACGAAAGGCCAUUUCGGAAACCCAAGGCCCAAUGCAAGGCUUCACUUAAAUGAGUUCAGUGACACGCCUAAUCGUCUGAUACUGCAGCGGCACCAGGACUUAAACGAGAUGUCAAGUAGCCCGUACGACUUGCACUCUUCCGAGUACAAGCAUCUGACAGAUGUACGAUGCGCUUCCGUUUUUCAAUUGAUUAGAGGGUUUUACUUUUCGUAAGGAGCGCUCCUGCCUUUUUGCGGAAGAGAUACCUUUUCUGUGGCCUCAAGUAUGUUGUAGCCGUACGUAUCGGAAGUCGUGUCUCGUCGAGAGUGAGGCCCCUUGCAAAAGCUAGAAAAAACAAGACGUGAUUUGCGUUGAGCCUUGGCGCCUCGGGGGCUGUCAGUUUUUUGCACAGAUUCAAAGUUUGAAAAACAGUAGUCUGCAGGCUUGUAGGUGGAGACUCGACGACAAAGGAGAAUUAAAACGACUUCCUUCAGU